GGCAGAGCUGGAUCUGCCCCCGGGGCACCCACCAACACCAGCAGCAGCUCAGCAAGGGCAGGAUCAGUCCCUGACAUCUUCCCAGCUCCCUCCCCCUCUCCGGAGUCCCAGCCAAACAGCGCUCAGCCUGUAAUCCGCAGGAAGGCCGGUUUCCCUGGCAGCAGCCUUACCGCGGGAUUCCGGGCUCCUUUCCCCGCGAGGGUCCCCGUGCUCGGGAUGCGCAGCCGCGGGAAGCGGGGCCGGGGAUGAGCUGCGGGGACUCGACCCUGGACCCCCAGGCACACCUUGGGCUGCUGCAGGAGCUCAGCAUUCCUCAGGGAACCCCCCUGACAGCACACCAGGACACCUGGGAGGGACAACUGGACCGUGUGUGUCUCAUCCUUAGAAUCCAUCCCCUACUCCAGGAGCCUUCAGAGCUCAGAAACCACACCAUGAACGGGUACUUGAACGAAUCCAAUUUCCUGAUGGUGGAGGAAGGCUUCACCACCAGAGACCUGCUGGAGAACCUCCUGGGGGAGCUGUGCCAAGAGGGCGAGCAGCAGGCCUUCUUCGUGGCAGACCUUGGGGACAUAGUGAAGAAACACCUGCGUUUCCUGAAGGCCUUGCCCCGAGUGAAGCCCUAUUUCCCAGUGAAAUGCAACGGCAGCGAAGGGGUGAUCCGGCUGCUGGCAGAGCUGGGGGCAGGAUUCGCCUGUGCCAACAAGGCAGAGAUCAGCAGGGUUCAAGGCAUUGGGGUCCCAGCUGACAGGAUUUUCUACAGCAGCCCCUGCAAGCAGGUCGCCCACAUCAGGUACGCGGCCACCCACGGCGUGAGGCUGAUGGCCUUUGACAACGAGGUGGAGCUGAGCAAGGUGGCCAGGAGCCACCCCCGUGCCAGGCUGUUGUUGGGGAUCACUGCUGACUCCAUCCCUUCUGCCCACCCGAGCAUGACUUUUGGGACCACGCUGAAAUCCUGCCGGCACCUGCUGGAGACAGCAAAGGAACAGGCAGUGGAGGUUGUUGGCAUCAGCUUCCACCUUGGGAGCCGUGGGCUGGAGCCCCAGGCCUUGGCCCAGGCUGUGGCUGCAGCACAGCUGGUGUUUGACAUGGGCACGGAGCUGGGACAUCACAUGCACCUCCUGGACAUCGGGGGGGGCUUCCCUGGCACUGAGGACACCAGAGCCCCGCUGGAAGAGAUUGCUGCUGGGAUAAACUCUGCCUUGGAUUUGUACUUCCCUGAGGGCAGUGGGGUGGACAUUGUUGCCAGGCCUGGGCGUUACUAUGUCACCUCUGCCUUCACCUUGGCUGUCAGCAUCACUGCCCUGGAGGAGACCCCCGUGGAGCAGCCUGGCUCUGACGAGGAAGAGUGUGGCAGCAAGAAGAGCCUGGUGUAUCACCUCAGUGACGGCGUCUACGGCGCCUUCAGCUGCCUCCUGUUCGACAGCCCCUGCCCCAGGCCUGGGCUGCACAGGAGACCCUGCCCAGAGCAGCCCUGGCACAGCUGCAGCCUGCGGGGCCCGCGGGGGCACGGCGAGGAUCGAAUCGCCGACGGGCUGGAGCUGCCCCUGCUGCACGUGGGGGACUGGCUGCUUUUUGGGAACAUGGGAGCCUACAGCAUGCCAACAUCACCCCUGCUCAGCACAGGGCCCCAGCCACGGGUCAGCUACACCAUGUCCCGCAUGGCCUGGAAAGCCAUCCAGCUCUUCCAGGAAAAGCCACCCCAGACAGAAGAUGACCGUGAGAGCCUCUGCACCCCCUUGUCCUGUGGCUGGGAGAUGGCAGAGACACUUUGUGUCACCCCUGUCUUUGCUCCAGCUGGCAUCAUCUGAGCACUGGGGGAGAAGGAACCACGGUGGGAAAGGUCCUGUGGUGGUACUGGCAGGGGAAAUGUCCCAUAAUGGUAUUGGGAUGGGAAAAAUCCCAUGGCAGCACCAGGGAAAAGGUCCCACAGUGGUACUGGAGAGAUAAAAAUCCUACAGUGGUACCAUAGUGGGAAAAAUCCCAUGGCAGCACCAGGGGAAAAGGUCCCACAGUGGUACUGGGGGGAUAAAAAUCCUACAGUGGUACCAUAGUGGGAAAAAUCCCAUGGUAGUAGCAGAAGGGAGAGGUCCUGUGAUGGUACCAGAGAGGGAAGGGAUCCCAUGGCAGUGCCAGGGAGGGGAAGGUGCCAUCCUGCCUCUGGCAUUGCCCCACUCUGUUCCCAUGGCCUUGGAAUAAAUCCUGUCCCACAAA